AAUAGAAAGCCUAAAAAGGCGUCCACACCACCAAGUUGUGCCAAAAUACUGUCCCUUGCUCCCCCGGCUUGCCUUUAUUCUUUACCAGCAGCCACGUUAAAUAGAUUACAAGGGAUUCCUCUUAUCAAAGACCUGCACGAGAGAGGAUAUUUAAGGAUCAGCCUGGAAUAACACAGCAGACGCUAAUUAAUACAAGUUUGCUCUGUGGAGUGGAGCAGCACAAAGAGUCACACAGUGGCUCAGACCUCCCCCCAGCAGCAUCCCCUUGCCGCCAUGUCACUUCGCCUCCUGCCCGCCAUCAUCAUGGAUAAUGACGAGGACGACGACGGCAACUUCACCAAGUGGAUGAGCAGCUACUGGGGCCACGGGGCGGAAGGAAGACAGUCCCGGGACAGGAAGCGCAGCUUUAACAGACCCGCACGGACCAAAGUGGACCGAAGAGCAUCACUUCCCACCGUGUCACAAUUAGACGCCAUGAAGCUCAACCGGCUGCAUGCGGCCACGAUGGCGUCGGCCCCCAGCCACCUGAAGAGCAGGGAAGAUAAGGGUGAGGUCAGGCCCCACCCGAGAGCUCGCAGGGCCUCCUCGGACGGCAACGGACGCUCCAAGUCGGCUGUCCCGGAGAACCGCAUCAGCACCAUCCCAGAACUGACGGAAUCCUUUGAGAAGAGACUCUGUCUCCGGGAUAAACGCACAAUAUCACUGGUGAGCACAGCACAGAAUGAUGAUGACAAUUUGUGUGUGAUCUGCCAUGACAACAUGUGCAAAAGUGGGGGAGCCGUUCAAGAACUGCACUGUGCUCAUGCGUUCCACAAAGAGGUACAACUAUUACUAUUUAUGAUUACUAUUUUGAUUGAAGUUACUCCCUUUACAGUUCCUCUGUACCAUCACCUUCACUUUUAUUUGUUAUACUGUCACGUUUACUACAAUCACAUGGCAGUCAUUCCUGGUGUAAAAACACUGGAGUCAUCAUUUAAGCUCCUGGUGCAAAAACAUUGGAGUCGAUGAGCCCUGGUUUGAAAAAAAUUGAGUAAUUUCUUCACCUGCAUGAUGAGUCCUGGUGUGAAAAUGUUGAGUCACCCCUUGACAUGCAUGACAAGUCCUGGUGUGAAAACAUGCGAGUCAUUCUUUCACCUGUAUGACCAGUCCUGGUAUGUAAACAUGCAAGCUGAUGUUUCCUGGUGUGUAUACAUUAGAGUCAUUAUGUUACCUGCAUGAUGAGUCUGGUAUAAAAAUAUGGGGGUCAGUUGUUCGCAUGCAUGUCAUCAUUUAAGCUCCUGGUGCAAAAACAUUGGAGUCGAUGAGUCCUGGUUUGAAAAUGUUGAGUCACCCCUUGACAUGCAUGACAAGUCCUGGUAUGAAAACAUUUCAGUCAUUUCUUCACUUGCAUGAUGGUUCCUGGUAUGAAAACGUGUGUCACAUCAAGAGCAUGACAAGUCCUGGUAUGAAGACGUAUGAAGAGUCAUUCCUGGUGUGAAAACAUGGCAGUCAUCACUGUACCUGCAUGAUGAGUCCUGGUCUGGAAACAUUCAAUGAGCCCCGGUGUAAAUAAUGUAAAUCAUUCCUGCACGAGUCCUUGUAUGAAAACAUGUGAGUCACUCCUUCACAAACAUGACAAGUCCUGGUACGAAUACAUCUGAAUCAUUACUGGUGUGAAAACAUGCCAGUCAUUGCUUCACCUGCAUGAUGAGUACUGGUGUGAAAACAUUUGAAUGGUUGAGUCCUGGUAUAAAAACACGUGAGUCCAUUCCAAGUCAUGGUGUAAAAAUAUGGGAGUCAUUUCAUCACCUGCAUGACGAGUCCUGGUGUGAACACAUCUGAGUUGAUGGGUCCUGGUGUGAACACAUGGCAUUUAUGAGUCUUGGUAUGAAAACAACGCUCACUGAUGUGGUUCAUCAUGUCCGAGCAGUGUCGACCACGCAGCAGCAGCGAGGCGGCGUGCCUGGUGCGGAGACUCUUGAGCGGUAGGAGGAGGUCGGCGGAUGAGCCCAUCACCACGGAAGAGCAGCAGCACACGUUCCGCCGUCAGCUGUCCCUGCGGAGACAUCGCUGAUGUCACUAAGUGGGAGGGACCACAUCCUGGACUGUAUAUUAAUUUUAUGACUUUUGAUUCUAACCUUCACACUCUCAUGUUGGAUUACUAUUGGGCUGUUUUUAUUAUUGGAAUGUUGCUGUGAAUAUAUGAAUGCAUGACGUUAUGUAUGUAGUUCACUCAAGCAGUUUCUUUGGAUAAAUUGUCACGUGAUGCAAGGUGUCCUUAUUGCACGUGGCUGCACCUAUACUGUGAUUUUACAUUCUUUCAAGUGUGCAACCCAACCCAACCUAUACCUAAUAAAGUGGCUGUAUAUUUGUAUUAGAAUUCAUUCAUCUCAUAGAAAAUAUGAAUUCACUUGUCUUGUGUAUGUCAUUUAUAUAUUUGAAAAUA